GCAUCAUUUGUAUGGAUAAUCAUUAAUAUAAAAUCAGGCUGGCCUCUAGCGCAUCCGCUCUCCGCCCGCCGUAAUCUAUCUAUGUAUAUAGAGUGGCGUGCCUUGCAUUUAAUCUCGACCGCCCCGCUUUCCCGUAUCGUUCACCCUCUCGGGUGCGAUGCCCAGUCUCCAUCCAUCCGGCUUUCUUGCUCUGUGCCUUCAGGCAAGCAACGAGAAGACGGCCAUGUCGGACGUCGUUGUGGCGAUGUGUAGGCGCGGCCGUAGUUCUAAAGCGGCCAAAAGCACAAUGCGCUUUUUCAGCAGGUUGGCUCCCAGUCCUGCUGCUGCGAGACAGGGCUACUCCUCCAUCGCUCCCGCCGCCGUCGCCCUUCGGCUUUGUGAGCGCAAAAACUACCCGAUCCUUGUCCACGAACGCUCACAGCUUCUUCCACCUUUGCGGGUACUUCUUCGCCCCCAAGCACUACGACCAGGAAUACUUCAAGUUCGGGCCGCUCGCCUGCAUUCUCGAACCGUUUUGCGCGAACAGCAACCCGGGAUUCGGACAACAGGAAUCCCCUCGCGUGAACAGCAACCUGACGAGAACAAAACCAUCACCCUCCCAUCGUCCGGCAAGGUCGUCUCCUACGCUACAUGCGGGGCGCCCCUCGCCUGCGCCUCCAGAGCCGCUGUCUAUUUGCACGGAUUCCCAGGAAACCGCCUCGAAUCUCUCCUUUUACAUUCGACUGCUCUCGCGCACAAUGUCCACAUACUUGCUCCCGAUCGUCCCGGCUUUGGCCGAACGCCGUACGAAUCCAACCGCACUGUAGCUUCGUACCCAAAUGAUCAUCUGCUGCCCUUCAUGGAUGCUGUUGGGAUCGACAAAUUUUCCAUCGUUGCCUUCUCGGGUGGGGGACCGUACGCAGCAGCCUGUUUGGCUUUCGCACCUGCGUCAUUGCGCGUGCUUUCAACUGUUGUCGUAUCUGGCGCGACGCCGCUGGCCGCAUCGGCGGAUGGGUUUAAGAAUGCGAGGAUGAGCAACCGGUUGUUGUUUUGGUUUGGAAGGAACAUGUCAGUGCCUUGGUUGGAAAAGACGCUAGCGGUUUUGGAUCCUCCCCCAUCCGCCGACUUUAUGCAAUACACACCUGAUCAGCCGAAGAUGAAGGCCUACCUAUCGCAGCUGGCUCCCGCCGAUCGCACGUUCACGCUUGCCAACUUCGACUUGAUGAAGCGCAUCCGUGUGGAGGCGUACGCCCUCAAUCCCAUACAAACCCUAACCGCUGUCGCCGAGGACCUGAAAGCAUACAGCCAACCCCUUGACCUGAACCUGACUGCUGCUCGCAACCUGCACGUCUUUCACGGCGACAACGACGUCAACAUCCCGUUUUCGCAGACAGCGUAUUGGAAGGACAACGUGCCCCACGUCACCGUCACCCCGUGUUCGGGCGACGCGCACUGGUCAGUACUGGGCACGCGAAAGGAGGAGAUCAUUCGUGCAGCGCUGGCAAAUCGAGAUGAGUCGGGGUUAUAGUAAAGAUUUCGGAAUUGUUGCGCCAUUGUGAACUACUAUAAGACUUACGGCAGGAGCCCGAAGUGCCCAUUGUCGGCCAACGUCCUGCCCCGAGCACAUAAACUUCAACAUGCUGUGUAUGUACAGUAGGUAGACCCGCAGGUCCAGAAAAAGUCUUCGUGGUCCAUGGCAGUGCCAGCAAGGGCAUGCACGGCACUGGUUCGCAAAUGCCGACUGGCGACGCCGGGACCUGCAAAGGUUGAUUGCUGAGCUUCUCCCAACCUGAUGUGCCGUGUGUGUGCAGUUGGCGGGGUUCCCUUGGUUCUGUACUAUGUGCCGAGACUGUUUGAAAGAAC